AUGCGUGCUUCGUUUGACCUACUUUUCCUGCUCGGUGGUGCUGUCAAUGCACUCGCUUCGCCACUUGCUGCGCCCAUCGUUGAUCUGGACAUCGGGUCAGUUCGUGGCCUAACCGCGAAUGGAACAGACGUCUUCCUCGGUGUCCCGUUUGCCCUGCCGCCCGUAGGGCGCUUGCGGUUCGCGGCGCCCCAGCCGAUAACCACCAGGACCAACGGUGUACGCGACGCGGUGCAAUUUGGCAACGCAUGUCCUCAACCGCCCAAUAUCACCAGUUUGGGAGCGGACAUCGGAGAGGACUGCCUAUUCCUGAACGUAUGGCGACCUGAUGGUGUGAAGGCCGGUGAUGACCUGCCUGUACUCAUGUGGAUCUACGGCGGCAAGUUCGUUGUCGGCGCAUCAUCAGCUCCUGGGUUUGACGGCGAGCAUAUUGUUGGGCGCAGCGUCGAGCUUGGCAAGCCCAUCAUUUUCGUCUCUAUAAACUAUCGGUUGAGCACAUUCGGCUUCCUCGCUAGCGCGCAUGUGCCCAUUCAGAACCUCAACGCCGGACUGCAAGACCAAUCCGCCGCUCUAGAGUUCCUACAAAGGAAUCUUCGCGGGUUUGGGGGGGAUCCCGACAAGGUGACGAUCUGGGGACAGUCCGCUGGUGCAGGUAGCGUAGCCGCACAUAUGAUCUAUGGGCCUCCUGGACUGUUUCGCGCAGCUAUCAUGAAUUCCAAUACAGGACCAUUCAAGAACUCACCACCACCGAGCACGUUUGACCUGCCUGGCAAACCGUUCGAUGUCAUUUCAAAAGAAGUAGGCUGCGCCCCUGGUCCGAAUGUAUUCGCGUGUCUACAGAACGUACCCUUCGACACCCUCGUGAAUGUCAGCAAUACACUCCAGAAAGCAACGCUCAACCAGCAACUAUGGCAGCCGACCGUUGCGCCCGGCAGCUUCGUGCCUGUGCGCGCGUCCUCCAGAAUAGCGACUGGGGACUUUCUCCACGUUCCUAUUAUCAUAGGCACGAUGGUGAACGAAGGAACCACAUUCUCCACCUCGUUGCGCAACCUCAAUCUCACCGGGCCCGCGGCGCAACUCCCUGCUCUCGACGGCUUCGUGCGGGGCUCCGCGAUCGAUGAAAGUAGGAUCACAGUCGACGUGCUAAACCGCAUUCACCAGCUCUACCCUGCAACUCCGCCUAGCCUUCCUCAUGCGACAGGCGACGUGUUGUUUGACCGCGCCGCCGCAUGGUAUGGUGAUAACAUGUUUCUGUCCGCUCGACGCAGGUUUGUCAAUAGUGCGAGCAAGAAGCAAGAUGUGUUCGCGUAUCACUUUCGCGAGUUGAUUCCCGGAAAUGAUCCCAGCCUAGGCGUGUUCCACGCUUCAGAGCUGCCAUUGCUGUUUGGGCCAGGCGCGUCGGGUGUCGAGCUGGACUUCGCCAACAGUUACCUCGACUUCUAUAUCAACUUUGUCAAUGAUCUAAACCCUGGCGGUGGUUGGCCGCGAUUCACACAAGAGCACAAGGUCGUCUUACAACUGAAGCGAGACAAUAUCACCGAGAUCAAAGACGACUUCCGCGUCGAGAUGACAUCCUUCGAAAACCUACCGGAGCUGCUGAACGAAUGGGAGAAGUGA